AAAAUAAAAAAAUAAAUGUCAAAAUUCAAAAAAAACAUGCGCGCACUGCUGCAACAAUUUGUAUUGUUUGACCAGCAGAACAAAGAAUGAGUAAUUUAUUUCCCGUUGUGUUUGAGUAAUAAAAAGUGUUAUUUACAACAAAUCCCUUCUAACGCUAUAACAAUGUAAAUGUAGUGGUAACAGUUCGUCACCUUUCCAUCUAAUAUUGAUCACACGACAAGAUUGAAGAGUCUCGGCGGCGCCGUUGUUUUGACGUCGCUGCGUCGUCACCCACGUGCGGCCGCCGCCGGCCACCGCGCCGCAGUCUGUCUCUGGCGCCGUCCGCGCCACACGUUACUUGCAUCGCCGUAUGCGCCACCGUUCUCUUUGCGAAAUCCUAUCAAUGCGAGACCGUCACCGCUACUUAGUGAAAUAUUUCGUUACCUUCAUCUGUGAUGUGUGAUCAGUUUUAAAAUGAAGAAUGAAGAUUCUCCGUGUGGACCUAGCAAAGGUGUACGCGGGUCGAGGUCGGCGAGGUUGCUCACGGAUAGUAUAUCAUCCGACGAGGGCCCGGAGACGGAAUGUCUGCUGACGGCGCAGCUGCAGGCGGUGGUGGUGAACCCGGUGACGAGACGGCGGGAAUCCCUCACCGCGCCGCCCUCUCCCACCGAGUCCCGCAAGAAGAGAGACCACCACCACCGUCAGCACAACUACCGGAACCAUUUGCACCACUUGAUCCACUGGAGGGAUAUCUGGAGCGGGGAGCCCAACAAAGGUCACGAGAGCCUGCACCGCAGCGAGUCCAUGGUAUCGCUGGCGUGCUUCAGGACGCUCUCUCAGCUCGUCAACAGCGACAACCUGGCAGAACUACAGCAGUACCUCGCGAACAACAAGAAUGUCACCAUCGACGACAAAGAUGAGAACGGCACAACAGCGCUCAUGUGUGCGAGUGAGAACGGCCGGGUGUCUGCGGUACGAAUGUUGCUGGCAGCCGGCGCGGACGCAGCAGCCGCAGACGCAGACGGUUGGACACCGCUGGCGUUUGCGGCCCGCGGUGGACACCUUUCUAUAGCUAAGGAGCUGUUAGAUGCUGGCGCCAAGGUGGACUCGAGAGAUUGCGGUGGAUGGACGCCAUUACUAUGGGCUUCGUACAAGGGCCACGAAGAGAUUGUGGCGUUGCUGCUAGAGAAGGGAGCUGAUGUUCACGCUCACGGCAAUUAUAACAUCAACUCUCUAGUAUGGGCUGCAGGCCGCAAGCAUAGCGGCGUGGUCCAACGCCUGUUGGCGGCGGGCGCUCGGCCCAACUCCUGCGACAAGUACGCCACGUCGGCGCUGACGUGGGCUGCAAGGGCGGGUGACGUCGCCGCUUGCGCAGUGCUGUUGAGAGCGGGGGCCGAUGCUAACACUGCGGGAAUGUAUUGCUGGACCCCGCUGCUGCAGGCUACACAUGGUAAUCACUUCGAGAUCGUACAAAUGCUAUUGGAACACAAGCCAAACGUGAACGCGUUAGACAAGGACGGCUACACGGCUCUAGCCAUCGCAUGUAAAGAGGGCUACUACGAUAUCGCUUUGGCACUUAUUAACUCCGGCGCUUAUAUUAACGUGCAGGACCAAUCAAAAGACACGCCUCUAAUCCACGCAGUGAAGGGUGGCCAUAAGAACAUAGUAGAAGCUUUGCUAAAGAAACACGUUGAUGUGGACCUACCGGGGAAAGAAAAGAAGACUCCAGUCUACACUGCCACGGAGAAGGGCCAUGUUUCAAUACUCAAACUGCUGCUGGCUUCCAAUCCUGAUCUCGAACAUAGCACUGUGACUGGCGACACGCCACUGAUGCGAGCGGUGCGGUCGCGUCACGCGGAGAUGGUACAGCUACUGCUGGAGCGCAAGGCGCGGGUCAACGUUGCCGACGUCCGGGGCGACACCGCGCUGCAUAUCGCUAUGAGAGCUCGCUCUAAGCAAAUUGUAGAAAUCCUCCUUCGCAAUCCGAAGCACAGUCAACUUCUGUACAAACCGAACAAACUCAACGAGACUCCUUACAACAUAGACAUGAGUUACAACAAGACGAUACUCGGACAGAUCUUUGGGGCCCGGAAACUGAACACGAAUGAAGAUAACGAGAAUAUGUUAGGAUACGAGUUGUAUAGCGCGGCGCUGGCUGACAUGCUCUCAGAGCCCAGUCUCUCAGUACCCAUCACUGUGGGACUUUACGCGAGGUGGGGAUCCGGAAAAUCAUUUUUGCUCAAUAAACUUAAAGAGGAGAUGAAGAACUUCGCUCGUCAGUGGAGCGAGACGGGGUGGGCGUGGUCGUGGGCGGUGUCGUGGGGGGCGUGGCACGUGGCUUUGUCUGUAGCUGCUAUUACUGCGGUGUCGGGAGCUCCGCCCUACGUCGCUGUAGGCCUGUGCUUCGCCCUCUUCGCGCUUAUUUAUAUAGGCUUGUAUAUACUCUGGUACACUGGAAAUAAAUAUGAAUGGUGGUGGGCCGGCGGCGUCCUGUCGGCGUUAGGUCGUAAGUUCAGUUCUCUACUGUUGGCGCUGCAAGUCGUGUUCUGUCACCCACCGGGUCCCAACGAUCCGAGGGCAUUGCCAGCUACUCCAAUAAGAUUCCACUUCACGGAAGGCAUGAAGAGCGGCGGCGGUCAGGAAGGCGAUGCGAUGGUCGUACAAAUGAUCGCGAGUUUGGGCGAGGCUCUGGAGUGUCAGUACGGACGGGUGUGCACCAGGCUAGCCAGGGCUUUCAGACCUAAGCCUGUGUCUUCUACUUCUGGGUGGAAAUGGCGCCGAGUAUGCUGUAUUCCUCACAUUGUCACGUUUGAGCUGUGUUUUACUUGUAUACUUGUUGGACUGUGUGUACUUAUUAUGUACUUAACUGACCGCGAGGUGGACCCGCAACGUCGCGACAUCCAGCAGGGGCUGAUGAUCGGCGCGUGCGCGGUGAGCGGCGCCGCGCUGCUCGCCAACCUCUACACCUGCGGCCGCGUGCUCGCCGCGCUCGCGCAGCCCCCAAGGGCAAGGCUAGCGAGGGCUACCAAGAAACCUGCCCAUGCGCAUGCCCCUACAUUAGCGCUGAGGCCUGAGGUACAGGCUCUUACGCAUGUGGUGUCAUGUCUCGACGCAUUCACUGGUCAACAAACACGUCUAGUCGUAGUAGUGGACGCACUUGACAGCUGCGAACAAGAAAAGGUGCUCGCGUUACUGAACGCCGUAUACGCGCUGUGUUCAGACCCCAAGAGCCCCUUCAUACUGCUGCUGGCUAUCGACCCACAUAUUAUUAGCAAGGCAGUGGAAAUAAACAGCCGGCGGGCGUUCAGCGAGAGCAACAUCGGCGGCUGGGACUAUCUGCGCAACAUGGUGCAGCUGCCCUUCUAUCUGCAGAAUUCUGCGCUGCGCAGAGUGAAGACUGCGCAGCAGACUGCGGCGAGGAGGAUGCAAGUUAUUACUUCUGAUGACUUCUCGACGUCGCUGCAGAGAUCUGUAUCAGCACGGCGCCUCUCAUCCACAUCAGAGCUCAUGUCAAGCCAAGAACGGAUCAAAGGUCAAGCUGCCCGAGAACGGCGCCUGCGUCCGUCAGAGUCAGUGGCGUCGUCCGUCGCAUCAGGCCUACACCGCGGCGCUACGGGCGCGGCCGGCGCUGGGGCUGCUGAUCUUAAUAGAGUGCUGCUGACGGACGAUUACUUCAGUGAUGUCAAUCCUAGGAGUAUGAGAAGGCUUAUGAAUGUGCUUUAUGUUACUGGUCGUCUUCUAAAGGCAUUCCAAAUCGAGUUCAACUGGUACCAGCUGGCGUCGUGGGUGAACCUGACGGAACAGUGGCCCUUCCGCACCUCGUGGAUCAUCUACCACCACGAGACCUAUGAAGAACAUAUCGACGACUCCACUUCACUCAAACAUAUUUAUGAGAAAGUAAAGCCCCUAAUGAGCGGUCUCCGCGAAGCCAGCACUCUGAUGGAGUUGGACCGCGACGAGCGCAAACUGGAAGUGUUCCUGAGCUUCCACCGCGCCACCCUCACCGCUGCAGACCUCAAGAUAUUCCUACCGUUUACCAUCAACCUCGAUCCUUAUAUUAAGAAGCUCAUCAAAGAAGAACAAAUGCAAAGUGGCGUAGAAGAAGACGCGGGCGCGGGCGGCGCGGCCGGCGUCAUGUGGGGACAGCCGCAUUCCCGACAGCCGCACUCCAAGCUAUUCCCUAGGAAACAUCGUUCAUCCCCCCCGACGCAACCCGCGGCGGCCGGGCCAGUGCCCCCGCAACCCAUGUGGGUGGGCUGGGCCAACACGGGCACCGGGUUUGUGCCGCAGCCCCUCAACCCUCAGCACUUCCCGCAGCCGCAGUUCACGCCACAACAACCCGCUAUGAACCCCUUCCAUAUGAUUAGGACGGCCUUCCCUGCUAUGACGGACGUGCCAAACAUCAGACUAUCAACUCUAAGCGUGGAGCGAGUAUGCAGCAUGGUUCGCGAAGCCCUGGGUGCCGGCGGGCAGGCGGCAGCAGAGGCAUUGCAGCGGCACAACGUCUGCGGCCUCGUGCUCGCUGUCUGCAAACUGCAGGACUUGGAACCGAUUUUAGAGUUGCCGUUCGGUGACUGGGAACUGUUCAAGCUACUUAUAGUGAAUCUCCGAGAGCUGGAAGCUAAUAUGCCGUCUACUGUUCCCGCGGUUGCAGUGAUGUCAGAAAAAUCAGCUGAAGUAGAAAUCGACUCGACAGCCAAGCCAAGACACACAUUGGAGACACAACGCAGCCGACCUUCAAAUGUUGAGAAACAGCCAUACACGGAAUAUCAGGUAACGUUGGAGGAGCAAAUGAUCUGCGGCGCGCUACAGACGCUAAACGAGGAGGCGCUCGAGGACGUGCUGCAGUCGGAGCCCCCCUCCCACCCAGACGAGGAGAGCACUCUACAGCUGCGGCUGCCGGCGUCGCAGUGCGGCACGCCGGCCGGCAGCCCGCGGGCGCUGCGCCGCGACCCCUCCAUCCUCAAGGGCGGCAGCUUCCGGCGCCGCCCGCCCGGCGACCCGCCCGCCGUCACCUUCAACGUGGAGAACGAGGACGACUCCGACGACGACGGACAGAUCACGUUCAGCGCGCGGCCGCGCCACAGCACGCGCGUGCAGGACGUGCCGCGCCGCGCCGCCCCCCCGCCCCGCUCGCGCCCCUCCUCGCUGCUGGUGGCCGACGACGCGCCCGCCGCGCCGCCGCCGCGCUCGCUCUCCGUGGAGGACUCCACGCGCACCGGCUCGCCCAUCCUCGACCUCAAGCUGCGCGGCCUGCGCCGCACCGCCGAGAUGCUGCGCAAGGUCAGCUCCGCCGAGCGCCUCACCCGCCUCCGCGACAAGAUCAUGUCCCGCGGCGGCGGCUCGCGCGACCGCAGCCCGCCGCGUGACGAGGCCAGCGACGACGAGUCCGCACCGCUCGUGUCGCCCCCGGGCGGCCCGGCCCCCGUGGCCGUGCCGGCUGUCGCGUCGCCUGGACCCCCGUCUGAGGCGUCCACGUUGGCGGGCGCGGCAGGGAGUGGCAGCGCAGAGCUGUCCCCGCGCUCCGACGUGACGGAGCUGGAGUCGCCGCGGGACGUGGGCGCCGCGUUCGACCUGCUGCCGGGCGACAAGGGGGCGGGCGGCGAGGCGCGGGGCGGGCGGCUACGGCGCGCGGACAGCAGCGGCUCGCUGGGCAACAUGGUGGAGCCCUACAACCUGCGGCUGCUGGCGCACGGCACGGUGGACAGCGCGCGGGCGCUGUGGCGGCAGGACGCGCUGGACGCGGGCCCGCCCUGGCCGUGGGACGAGCCCGACUCGGCCGUGUGACGCGACGAGCCCGUGCCCGGAGCUCAGUCGUCCUCUCGCGCCCGCCUCGCGCGCCGGCUCCGCGUUCGAGACGAUCAGGGUGUGAUAAUGUUUAGUCGCAAAUCGCCGAGUCUUUAUUUCAAUUUGAAAGCUGUAUUUUAUCAAUCUCGGCUUAAUUUAAUCGUAGCUAGAAAUAAAUUGGCAAGACGAUGGGUAAGAAAUUGAGAAAAAAUAAUUAUUUCCCAAAUGUAAUUAUUAUUUAUGAUGGCUGUAGCAGAAAUAGAAAAACCUAGUACUUACCCUAUACCUUAGCAAAAUGAAGACAAUUUUCACUUUGACAGAAUAAAAUUGCAUUUAUAUAAUUAUUGACCCAGUAUUGUGAUAAUAUUAUUACCUUAAGUGUAUUUGUAUUAUUUGUUCCUAAUGUACGAUUUGUAGUUAUUUUUCAUACGUCAUCACAGUGAUUUCUGUUAUCCACGUCUGCAGAAUGUUAAAUAAAACAAAGAUUCGCUAUUGAA